AUGGGGUCGGAGCAGAAUAGAUUCCCGCAGCAGGAACGGAGAAAGAGAUGGGGAGGAUGUUGGGGUGCAUUCUCUUGUUUUGACUCACAUAAAGGUGGAAAGCGUAUAGUCCCUGCGUCUCGUAUUCCUGAAGGCAAUGCAUCAGCAACCCAGCCAAAUGGACCCCAAGCGGUUGGGCUGACCAACCAAGCCACAUCACUAGCUCCAUCUCUUUUGGCUCCGCCUUCUUCACCAGCAUCAUUUACAAAUUCAGCACUUCCUUCAACAGCUCAGUCACCCAGUUGUUCCUUAUUAUUAUCUGCCAACUCACCUGGAGGUCCUUCGUCAACAAUGUAUGCCACCGGGCCAUAUGCCAAUGAAACACAACUGGUCUCUCCUCCUGUUUUCUCAACCUUCACAACUGAGCCGUCCACAGCUCCUCUCACUCCCCCACCAGAAUUGGCUCACCUAACAACUCCCUCUUCCCCAGAUGUGCCAUUUGCUCGUUUCCUCUCAUCUUCAGUAGACAUUAAAACCACUGACAAGACCAAUUACAUUGCUGCAAAUGAUCUUCAAGCAACAUAUUCGCUCUAUCCUGGAAGUCCUGCUAGUAGUCUCCGAUCACCAAUUUCGAGGGCAUCAAAUGACUGUUCAUCAUCUUUUCCUGAACGUGAUUUCCCCCGACAGUGGGAUCCCUCAGUUUCUCCCCAGAAUGGCACCUAUCCAAGGAGUGGUUCUGCCAGGCUGUUUGGGUAUGACACGACUGGAGCCUCUGCGGCAUCUCAAGACUCAAAUUUCUUCUGUCCUGCUACAUUUGCACAAUUCUAUCUGGAUAAUCCACCAUUUCCUCAUGCUGGUGGAAGGUUAAGCGUUUCCAAGGAUUCAGAUGUUUACUCAACUGGUGGAAAUGGAAGUCAGAACAGACACAAUAGAAGCCCCAAGCAAGAUGUGGAAGAAUUAGAAGCCUAUAGAGCAUCCUUUGGGUUCAGUGCUGAUGAAAUUAUCACCACAACACAAUAUGUGGAGAUUUCUGAUGUAAUGGAUGACUCAUUUACCAUGACUCCUUUUACCUCUCAUAAAUUGCCUACUGAAGAACAUAUAGAACCUACAUCUGUCACCGAAGGACUUAAAGCACAGAAGACAAAGACAAUCUUGCAGAGUCAGGACACUACUAAAUCGGAAUCAGAUCUUGAUGAGGGUGGAAGCUCCGACUUGCCAAUAUCAUGUAAUGGAUAUGAAGAUCACAAAUCAUGGAGGCAGCCUGGUGAUGUAUCUCGAUCAACUACGCCUGGUCCUGGUAUCCGUGUUCUCGCCGACGAAGAAGACAUUUUUUCAAAGAUAGGGUCGUCUAAAUUGAGCAGAAAGUAUCAGCUGGGUCUAUCAAGCUCAGAUGCAGAAAUUGACUAUAGAAGGGGAAGAAGCUUACGAGAGAGGAAAGGAGAGUUUGCAUGGCAUGACUAA